AUGUCUUGGCAUAAAAUUUUUUGUUGCUGGGUGUCAUGCGAAGACCCAACAGAAGCAAAGCAGCCAAACAGAGGACAGAAUAACAAGUCCUUCAAAACGACAGUCGUUGCUGAAGUAAUGGACGAAGCAUUCGAUCAUCAGCAUGACGUUAAAAAGUAUAUUGGUCAAGUCGAAGGAUAUGCAUUCAAGACUGCAGCAGAUAUCAUUCAAUCCCAGCAUCAACUCAUUGAGAAUCUAAAGCGAGAGCGCGAAAAUACUGCCUCCCCUUCUGCUCCAACUAUGUCGACCCUCAAUCGAACAUUUGAGGCGGAUUUUGAGGAAGUCAACCCGUCAAGACAGGAAUUCAUCGCCUCUGAAACUCGUUGCGAGCUGAUAGACCUCCUCAGCUGCAAGAAAUUACUCAGAUUAGUCGGUCCUACUCAUAUUUUUUAA